AUGUGGGUGCGCUAUCAGGGCUCUCUGACACUGGACCUCUUGAAUGUGACCUGUCAUCAAGAGAGUAUUUGCGCAUUAAGGGGGUCCCACGUGACACUGACGUGCUCUUACUCCAACAUCAACAUCAAAAGUGUGUUCUGGUUCAGUGAGAAACAAAGUACAAACUGGAGAAAAAACAAUGAAUCUGAAGAUUUGACUUUAGACUCAGACUACUCAGGACGAGUGAAACAUCAGAUCUCAAACAGCUCUUCAACACUCACAAUAUCAGACGUGAGAGAGAGAGACUCUGGAGAAUAUCAGCUCAUGUUCAUCAUGAAUGAUGGAGUUAAACAUCUCAGAUCAGCAGCCGUCAAUCUAACAGUCACAGUCCUACAGGUGAGAAUGAAGCCUUUGUCUACAGACCCGAGAGAUGAGAGACUAGAACUGACCUGUAAUUCAUCCUGCACUUUGACCUCUGGAGUUCGGUAUUACUGGAUGAGGGAUGCACAGUAUUUCACAGACACAGUGUCCCCCAACUUGUUUGUGUCACCCAGCAGAGAUGCUGGUAGAUUUUCCUGUUAUCGUGAAGACCCCAAACAUCGCUCCUCUUUAAUAUGUGUUUCUCAGAGUGGCUGCUGGGAUGUGACUUACACCUCUACAAGAGUCUGUGCUUUGGUGGGCUCAACAGUAGACAUUUCCUGCACAUACUCACAUCCUUCUGAUCAUACUGUAAAUAAAACAUUCUGGUAUUAUAGUCAAAAUGGGGACUUCAAGGAUCUGCGUGAGGAGCAUCAGUUUGCUGGUCGUGUGGAGUAUGUGGGGAACAAACUGAGAAUCAAAGAUCUCAAGAUCAGUGACUCUGGAGAAUAUCGAUUCAGGAUCAUCACUGACUUAAACCAAUACUCUGGAUCACCUGGAGUCAUUCUUACUGUUACAGAUACACAGGUAACAAGCAGUCCUGGCAUAAUAUCAGAGAAACAUGAAGUUAUUUUAAGCUGUUUGACUAACUGCACUCUGAAUGACAAUCAUACUUACAUCUGGUACAAGAACGGACGACAGGUAACAGAUGGAUUCACUAAAGUCAACAAGCUGUACCUGGACUCAGUCAGCAAUGAAGAGCUUCAACAGUAUUCCUGUGCUGUAGGAGAUCCAGUGAACAACACAGUGUUCAGCCAUUACACAGUCACUGCUGCUGUUUUUACCUCAGUUUCUCAUAAUAGCAGCUCUGUGGAUGUGAUUCAGAUGUUUCAGAUGUCUUCAUCUACAUCUGCUGUCUGUCCAUCAGAGCUGCUGGAGUGAUGUCAUUGUGUUCUUCCAUUGUGACAUCAUCACCUAGCAACAAUCAGAACAUCAGUGAUACAGUGAUGUCAUAGACAGUGACAUAUCAGUGACUGUCAGUCUGCAUAUGUAGCACAUCUUGCCAAAUAAAUAUGUACAUGCUGCUAAUAUUAACC